AUGGAUUCAAGAUUCUCUGUCUUGGAAGGAUCUAUAGGAUUUCAACAUAAUGAUUACGAUGGGCACAAAUUUAAAGAAAGCCUAAACACCAUUCUGACGAACGUGAUGACUAAUAAUACGACUUCAGAGUGGAGUGAUGUUGAGGAUAAUCCAUGGAACUGUCCAGGAUUUCGACAAGUCUACGACAGUUCCAAAUCUGAGCAGCACCACAGCAAUUUUGUUGAUAAAAUCUACAGCAGUUACGUUCCAUACAUCAUCGACGCUGUGUACUCAGCAGCCCAUGCUCUAAACAUAUUGACCACAGAUUUGAACGGCAUCGAUGCCAGUGAUCUGCAGCAGUUUGAUGUGAAUAUUAAAAAAAUGCAAAGGGUCCUUGGAAGAGUAAAUUUUACAGGGUUAACAGGGAAAAUUAAGUUUGGUAAAUUUGGUGAUAUAGACUCGGCGUCAUAUGACAUUUUCAGUAUCGAACGAGUAUCAUCCGAGACCAAUGGUCUUAAAACCACCCUUGUAGGAAAAUGGGAAAAUCAUGCACAAAAUGAGACUCAGUUAAAUUUUUAUCAAGAAAUUCUCUGGAGGACUGUGAAUGGUGAAACACCAAAAUCUGAAUGCUCGGAACAAUGCCAGCCAGGAACGAGAAAGUCGUCUACUUCACCUUGCUGUUGGCACCGCGUCCAGUGUCCUGGCGGCUCAGUCAACCCUUACCUGGCUCUGCGAGUUGUGUUGAGUGUCCUAAGGGUAGAACAGCUAAUCAGGCUAAGACAGAGUGUGUAG